UAAGAGUUGAGCUGUUCGUUUGGGUGUUCUAUCUGCCAGAGGGAAGUUAAUUCUAUUCGCUGAUGCUGAUGGAGCAACUAAAUUUGCGGAUAUCGAAAAGUUGGAAAAUUAUCUGUACCAGUCAACUGGCAAUGAGAAAGAUUUAAUGAAUUCCAUUGCAAUUGGAUCAAGAGCUCAUUUGGAGAAGGAAUCAAUGGCCACCAGAUCCAUUUUUAGAACAAUUUUGAUGCUUGGUUUCCAUUUUGUUGUCUGGUUUUUUACUGUUCGAUCCAUCGAAGAUACUCAAUGUGGCUUUAAAAUGUUCGGACGAAAUGUGGCCCGUGUUCUUUUCAACCAUAUGCACGUUGAGAAAUGGGCCUUUGAUGUUGAGCUUUUAUUUCUCGCCGAAAGAAUCAAGUGUAACAUCGGUGAAUCAGCAGUUAAUUGGAUGGAAAUCGAUGGAUCCAAAAUUGUUCCCGUUUUUAGUUGGAUUCAAAUGGGAAUCGAUGUAAUUAGUAUCUCUUUGAUGUACACAAUCGGCGCUUGGACAUUCCCGUUGAGAAAAGAACAAAAAUUUUUAGACGAAAAAAAAGAAACUUUUGGGAUGGGAUCAAAUAUGGACUCACACGGAUGA